AUGGUAAUCUGUGGGUCCUCCUCGAAGACAGGUUUUGGUCGUCGGCCUAUACAAAGAAAGGUUGUAGUAUGUGGGGAUGGUGCUUCCGGCAAAACUUCGUUAUUGAAUGUCUUCACGAGGGGCUUCUUCACUCAAGUCUACGAACCCACCGUCUUCGAGAACUACGUGCAUGAUAUAUAUGUGGAGGACCAGUUAGUGGAGCUCAGCUUAUGGGAUACCGCCGGCCAGGAGGAGUUUGACCGGCUAAGAUCGUUAAGCUAUGCAGAAACGCAUGUCGUCAUGAUCUGUUUCUCUGUUGACAACCCGACAUCAUUGGAGAACGUCGAGUCGAAGUGGAUCGAUGAAAUAAUAGAAUACUGUCCAGGUGUGAAGGUGUCCCUUAAAUGCGACCUUCGGGACGAUCGAACUGUUCGUGAUCGACUUGCUCGAUAUGGGGCUCAUACAGUGCAGUAUGAGGAGGGUCUUGCAGUCGCACGUCGAAUACGAGCAUCACGGUAUCUUGAAUGUAGUUCGAAGCACAAUAGAGGUGUUUCAGAAGUCUUCUAUGAGGCUGCACGCGUGUCUUUGAGCACGCGGGCAAAGGGGUCUGGGUCUGGCUGCGUGAUAAUGUGA